GUCGGGCUCAAUCCACGAGUCGCCGGAGUCCAUCGGCGUGACGCACCUGCUGGAGAAGCUGGCGUUUGAGGACACGGCGCCGGAGCCACAUGCAGAUCGUGCAGGAGGUAGAGGCCACAGGGGGCAACGUCGGCGCCUCCGCGUCCAGCUGGCCCUUACUCGAGAAGAGGUCCAGGAGGGACAGAAGAACCCUGAGAGGUUUCUUCAGGAACUACUUAACCUUGUUGGAUAUGAGGGGGUGAUCGCGAACCCGCUAAUAGCUCCCAAGGAGGCUCUUGGGAUCAUCAAUGCCGAUAUUAUUCAGAAGUUCUAUCAUGAAAACUUCACUGCUGAUCGUUUGGUUCUAGCAGCGUCAGGUGUUGAUCAUCAACACUUGUUAGAUGUUGCAAAACCUUUUUUGUCUGAUUGGCACAAGGGGUCCCCUAUGGAAACACCAAUUUCUACCUAUACAGAUGAUGAUUUUAGGCACAAAGCAGAAUCAUAUAUGACACAUGUUGCACUGGCUUUUGAAGUGCCAGGCGAUUGGCUUCAAGAAAGAGAUGGUACAAUUAUGGCUGUCAUACAGGUUGUUUGGGCUGCUGCAGAUGCCGGCUUAUCUCUUGCAGAUGUUGCUGCAGAAGCAAAACAUGCAUCUGAGGCUGUUGGUACGAUGGGAGUAGCACUUCUUGUUUGCACGUUGCCUGGGCAAGUGACAUCUGAUUGUUUAGGUCCUGAGAAAAUUGAGCUUGGCCUUGGAAUUGUUAAACCAUUGUCAGUCGUUUGUCCAGAAUCUUUCCUUCAUAUGUUUCAGACAAAUCAAGGCAACUAUUUUCUUAAAGGACAAAAGGGCCAGGCCUCCCGUCCGCGUCGCGCCGCCGCCGGCAUGGAGCUGGUUAAGGCCACUCAUUUCCAUGGCAGGGUCUGAAAGCUGGGAACAAGAAACAGAAGCCCUCUGUCAUGGAUAUCCUACUGAAUUUGCAUCUUAUUUCCAUUACUGCCACUCACUGCGCUUUGGACUAUCCGUAUCUCAAGUCAUUGUCUAGAGACCAUUUUAUUGGAGAGGGUUUCAGUUUGAUUGUAUUUUUUAUUGGACGAUUCUGAAGUAUAAACAAUUAGAUGACCAGUGCUCCACCGCGCGCUAUGGGCCCGGCAGGAGGACAAGGCUCUGGGAUGGCUUCCAUGGCAAACAGACAGUUAGAUUCAAAGUGAAGAUGUGAUGCAUGUCCACAACUGAACAGUCAAACUGCUGAAAAAGCACCUUCUUUAGAAAGUGAGAAAUUGCAUAUACACAACAGACAACUCUGUGGAGCAAAUACAUGACAAACCCCUCUUUAAAAUGCUCAAGGUAUAGAACGAAUAAUCCUCAAUAACUGACAUGGUUGUUUCCUGUAGGCAAGUGAGGUAUCAGAGGAGCUUGAUUUUUUUACUAUAAAAUACAGAAGAAAAUAACCAAAGAAGUGUUUCAUAGUUAACUGGUCAAGUGUGUAAUGAACUUUCUAUUUUGUUCCUGAUGAUCUGAAAUUCCUUAUUUCUAUGCAAUAACACUACAUAUAAAAAGUAAAGUGGAAGGGGCGCCUCCCACCUGGCACCGCCCAGCUUCCUCUCAGGCGGCGCCACCGGGUGGCGCCCCAACCACUAGUACAACCCAUUAACAGUCGCUACAAGGGCGAGUUACGGUUAUGUCCACGUGUCUUUUACUGUGCUAGCGAUAGGAAAAAAAUCGGAGGGAUAGGAGAGAUCCAAAGCACUUGGGCAAGACCUAGCCCGAGGGGUCUCUGCACGACCCCUUUCUCUCGCCGCCGCUGCCUCCUCCCCUCUCCCUCGAUGCCCCCUGACAU